GGGAAUGUUUAAACAGAAAGUAAAUAAUCCCAUCUCGCAUGGCAAACAAUCUCUUUGCAGCCAUUGACAUGGGCACCAAUGCCUUCAAGCUCCUAAUGGUUCAAGCUCAUCUCCCUGGUAAAUUCAUCCCUCUUUUAACCGUCAAAGAACCCGUUGUUUUAGGCCACGAUUCGCCUUCUUCCACAAUCUCCACCCAUUCCCAAAACCUCUCCAUCAAAUCCCUUCUGAAUUUCAAUAAGCUUAUUCAAACUCAUAAUAUCCCGCCUCUCCACACUCGCUGCAUAGCCACAUCGGCCGUCCGCGAGGCCCGGAACAAGGUCGAGUUCAUUGACUCAGUCGCUGAAACCACCGGGUUCAAAGUUGAAGUUUUAUCAGCCGAAGAAGAAGCCCGGUUUUCUUACCUGGGAACCCUUCAAUUCUUGCCGGUUUUUGAUAAUAUGGUCUUGAACGUCGAUAUCGGAGGUGGGUCAACUGAGAUUGCCAUUGGGUUACGUGGAAAGGUUGAAUUUUGCUCGUCUUUGAAGCUUGGCCACGUCACUUUGACUCAACAGAAUUUCGGGGAUGAAGAGGCUAAAAGAGCUCCGAAUAUGAGGGACUAUAUUAGGAAUGUCGUUAAGGAAUCUGGGUUAAUCGAGAAAGUUAAAAAUUUUGGCUUUGAAAUAGCUUUGGGGUCAUCAGGGACAAUAAGAGCCAUUGAGAAAGCAGUUUCCAAAGGGCAUGCAUUGGAUUUUGCUGAAAACGAAGCUUUGUUUAGUGAAUGUAAAGGGGAUUGGAGCUUUAGCAGAGAUGAAUUAAAGAGUGUUGUCGAGAGCCUCUGUAAAGGAGGAGAGGGACAAAAAGUAAAGAGAGAUGGAUUUUUCAAGAGGAGAUCAGAGUCCAUUGUUGCUGGUGGGAUUUUGUUGGAUGAGUUAUUUGAUUUACUUGGGAUUCAAGAAAUGUUGGUUUCUGGUUAUGGAUUGAGAGAAGGUGUGAUUGCUGAUUGUUUAGCUAAGGUCUUCUGUGAUGGUUAUGAUUUGAACGCGAAUGCUCGGUUUCGGUCGGUUUUGCAACUUGCUGCAAGGUUUAAUGGCAAGAAGAAGACCACUUCUGCUGCCGAAAUUGCUAGCAUUGCAACGGAGAUUUUUGAAGGCUUAAGUAAAUGCAAGGAUCUUGAUAACAAUGGAGUUAACCUUUCUAUUCAUUUAGAUGACAAAGAUCUGGAAUAUCUUGAAGCUGCAUGUUUACUGCACAAUAUAGGUCUCUCCACUGGUAAAAAGGGUUACCAUAAGAAGUCAUAUCACAUUAUCAUGAACGGAAAUCAUCUUCAUGGAUAUAGUGCUGAGGAGGUCAAGUUAAUAGCUCUUCUUACGAGACACCAUAGGAAGAAAUUACCCAAGUUUGAGGACGAUUCUUUUAAUGAGUUCGGAGAAGAGGCAAAUCAGAAACUCAAAGUUCUUUGCUCUAUUAUACGUUUAUCUGUUGUGUUACAUCACAAUGGAUGCAUAAACUACAGAGAAAUGGAUUUUUCACAUUCUUGUGAAGGUUUCAAGCUGGUUAUUGGGGAAGCAAGGGUUCAAAAUCAGCUGCCUGGCGUUGAGCAAUGUACAGUCGAUAACCUUGCGGCAGAACUAAGGCAAGAAUUGGAAUACUUUAAGAAGGCAAGUCGUAUAAAACUUCUGCGUAUUUCAUUAUUAAGUUCACGAACUGAAAUAUCCGAUAUUCUCUUUUGUCCCUACAUUGGUUUCUCAUCUUCCUUGUUCAGGUGUUCAAGCAAGAAUUGUUCGUUAAACUUGAAACACCAGCUUCCUGUUCAAACUAAUCAUGCUACCUCUUAGUUCUUCAUCAAAAUUGGGUGAGAAAAGUGGUUCAAGUCGACUAUGUCGGGAAAUGAAGAGUAUGCAUGCUGUAUUCUUCUCAUUGUCUUGCGACAAAAUUCCCUUUUAAUCUCGGUUCUAGUAGCUAGUAGCUUUAUCCUGGAUGUUCCGAGAGGUAAUCUGAGUAGCUGACGACCACCUACUGGUAAAAAACAUCCUGUGGUGGUUCCCCGGCCAAUGGUGUGGCUGGUGCUUAAGAAUACAUGGAGCCUGGUGAAUGCAAAUAGCUCAGCAGUUGAUGCACAAUUUUCGUCUGCGAUUUCGAAGAAAACCUCAGGGUGAUAUCUAACAGCAGGUGUACCUUGGUCUCUGUUCUAACAGUUGCAACUGCAGAUGUUGACUUCAUUGUAUCUUUAGACAUUUAUUUUUAUGUGUAUA